UUGAUUAUCGUUCAGUUAUGUUUACUAUUGAAUUUUAUGUUUUUAUGCUAAAUUAAUAAGGAUAGUGUCCAAUAUAAAUGAAAAUCAAUUAUAAAUUUUCUGUACUACCUUUACGGUGCUAUUGAAACGCCUGUAACUUUAAAUAUGGAAUUUUUUCCAUUUUAAAAGUUUUCUUGAUCUGCCAGGGCAUAAUGCAAGAGAUCAUAAAGGCAUAAACUAUCAAAACAUAUAUGCCAAUAAGUGUUGAUAACUUUAUGGAGUCAAGUUCUGCAGUUGAAGGGUUCAACAGAUGAAAUGUGGUUCAACAAGGUCCAGUGAAAUACUCUCCUGAGAUAUCUUUAAGCCACCUGAGGUUGUGACGGCCUCCAAAUAAGAAGUUCAGUAAAACUAGCACAAGUGAUACAUACAACUCACAGUUGAAUAAGCAUCUCUAAAAUCAUCAAGAAACUAGAUGUCACCCUUUUUAUAUGACUUACAUAGGAACUAAAAGUGUGGUUGGUAUAAACCCUUGUUCUUGACAUUUGUAGAAGAAAUUAUGAUAUAAUAUUCACUUUUUAAAAAUUUGAUUUAUUAGGCAAUUUUUAUUUUACGGAUAACUAAGUUUAUGCUGUGUAGUCUUAAGAAUUUUCCCUUAUCCCAGGAUAAUUUUUUCAUUAAAAAUAGGUUUAAUGCUAUUCAUAGGUUGAGGAGUACAUAUACAACUUAAAUAAACUUCUAAAGGCACUUCACUCAAUCUAAUUGAUCUGAAUCAGACAUGAAAAUUUUGAUUGUAAUUAAGCUAACAAUAACUUUAAAAUAAGCAGCAUAAUAAAACAUAUUAAAAAGAGAGAAAUAAACGUGCUUUUCAUAAAAAACAUAGUAAAUUUCUGCAGACUAGUCUCUAAAAAGCGAUUUGCAUUAAAAGAUAUCAGUGAAGAAUUCCUGGCAUUUACAAAUAGGACUCUAUUUUAAUAAACAUCUCUUUAUCGAUUCUGUCUGAUUGGAUUUGAAAUUGUAUUUGUUAAUUCCCGUUGAUAUUGUUGUCACCAAUAUUACUAAAAAAUAUUAUUAAGGGUGCUAAUAAUGCAAAUUGCCAUGAGUAUACGUAAAAAUUAAUUAUAACUUAUUAUAAUUAAUUUUUAUAGUUUUAACAUUUCAUUUAUGGUUGGUGUGUUUUAUAACUAAUAGUGUAAAUAUUUUAAUAUGACGGAUAAAAGAAAAUAUCUUUCAAUCAAAGAAAAGAUGAAAAUAAUUGAAGUAAGUGAAACAACUGGUUUAAGUUCCAGGAAAUUGGCUCAAAAAUUCCAAGUGGGCAAGACCCAAGUGACCAAUUUACUAAAAAAUAAAGCAGACAUUAGAAGAAGGUAUCAAGAAGGUGGUAACGAUGAACGAAAAAGAAUUUUUCCCAAAAAGAAACUGGCAGUGGAUCAACUUGUUUAUAAAUGGUUUUGUCAGACGAGAAGCCGAGGCAUUUCAAUUACCCGGGGCAAAAUACAAGCAACGGCCCUGAAAGCGGCUGAGUGCCUGGGGCUAGAUAACUUCAAAGCGUCAACAGGAUGGCUAGAAAAAUUUCGUCGUCGUCAUAAUAUUAUUUUAAAGGAAAUACCUGACGACCCGGUUUUUUCGAAAGAUAUAGACGAGUUAGUCGAUGACGAACCUUUGAUCUCUGAAAUAAAAGUAGAGGAACCUGGAAUUUAUGAAGUGUCAAGUGCCUACGAAGCAAAUUUGAGAAACUCAGAAAGAAAGGAAGAAAUAGCUCCGUUACUAACUGAAGCCUUCUCAAUUUUAAGAGAGUCUGAAAUAAAAAAAGAAGAAACUGAUGAACUUUUUGCAACAUCAAGUAUAUCAAUAAAGAAAGAGAAACCUGAAAUUCAUUCAAUGUUAACCCAACCAAGCUUAUCUAAUGACUCCACAAUAUUCAGGUGUUCUGAAAUAAAGCAAGAGGAACCAAAAUUUGUUUCAGUGUUCAGUAUAUCAAUAAAAGAAGAAAAACCGGAAACUACUUCAAUUUUAGAUACCUCAAGCCUAUCUGAUACCUACGCAGAUAUACUAAACUUCAAAAUAAAGCAAGAGGAACCUGAAAUUGUUCCAGAGGCUCAUGAUGUUAAUGUGGAAGAUGUAACUUGGAUAAUUAGUGAAAAGUUCGAAGAGGAAGCUCUCACGUAUGCAAUAAAGGACAGAUGUUGAAUAUGUCAAGGCAAUCCUAUCGAUUACCUGCGCAUGUUAAGUCUGAAAGGAAGAAAUGAGAUAAAAUUGUUCCUGCGUAAUUAGAAUAUAAAAUAGUGCUACAAAAGAAAAUAUUUGACAUUGGCGAUGUCAGUUAUGGUAGAAGCAACUUCUUGAAAAGAUAGUGACAAAUGCAAAAAUGGAACUAUCACCUCUGAAAAAAAAAAUUAUACAUUAUAUUGGAUGAGCCAUUUUAAUAUAUACCGAAAUUGCUCCUCCACUAUAAGUAGAGGUCACUUUUCAAGAUCAAAGUAACUUUUUUAAUGGAAACCUCUAGUUUUUGUAGCGAAUUUUAAAAGAGCGGGAAAUUUCACGCUUUACGUUAUCAUAAAUUGAAUAGGCCAAAUUACAAAAAACUGCUCCCUAACUCUUUAUUGACCUUGAGGUCUUUUUCAGAUUGGAGUGAUUUAAUUUAACCCUUUCGCUCAUGAAUUUUUAUUUUUUAAAAGAAAAAUUUGAUUUUUUGUAAAUCAACUCUUUAAUUUUUUUGAAAAUUUUUGACGUUUUUUAUUUUUUUGUUUGUUUUUAGUUUUUUUUUUAUGUACACACAUUGGUAGUCAAUGGUAUAAAAGAUAAAUUUAAACAAAAAAAUACUUUGUAUGAUAUAUUGCAAAACAGUUGCUUUUUUUUGUAAGGUACAGGUGAACGUUACAUUUUUGGCAUAAAAUUCUUGAUCGUCCUUUACAGCCUGGUACUUUACACCUAGAUGCAAAGUCUUUGUCAUCAAUGGAUGGCAAAUGGUCUAGUCUGUCCAAACUAACUGCGGCCACUGGUCUAAUUUCUGGUUUACUUAUAACGGUUUGGGCGUUGAAGGACCCGGACUAUCAGCUGCUGGUCGCUCCCUCUCCCUAGUAGAUGUUUUUCCUGCCAAGAUUAAAACCUCAGCAACAUAGGCUCUAAAGUGAAGCAAAUCUAGGACAUCAUUCUUAGCCACACCCAAGUUAGCAGCUUUUUCUUUUUAUUCCAACCAGCCGUUUACGCAUGCCAUAUCUAUGGCAUGAGGAAACAUUCUCAGAGUCCACUUUUUAGACCUAAUAAAUGUCCGAUACAAGGUAAUAAGGAAAUCCAUCUCGUCAACACGCCCCAUGUUAGAGUUGUAGUUAUUUAUUACUUGUGGUCUUGAAACGUAAAUAUAGUCCUUCCCUUUUUUAUCCCAUCGCCGGCACUGGUCUUUAUCACCAACUCCCAUAUAAUUUGAUGCCAUUACAACUGGCCGGUUGUCGUACCAUUUUGUCAUUAUGACUUCCCCAUCCCCGCUAAUAAUUUCUUCGGAACAACCUCGACCUUUUAUUUUCAUAUCCUUAUCGGACGAAAAUGGCGGAUUUUUAAAUCUUUCAGCUCUUGUUGUGCACGUUGUAAAUAUUUGCCUAUUUCUAAGGUACUGAAGUAAGUUAUAAUUUGAAAAAUAGUUGUCAAAAUAUAACUGUACCCUAGGGUGUGAGAUUAGCUCAGAUAAUUUUAGUACUACUGCAGCACCCGAACCAAAUACAUCAAGUUGCUGUGGGUCAAGUUCAGUAGUAGAUCCUUGAUAUAUUAUAAAAUCAUACAAGAUGCCACUGCUGCCACAUAGCGCAAAAAUCUUAAUUCCCCAUGGUUUGGGUUUGUUUUUGACGUAUUGCUUGACGUUCAAACUGCCUUUGAACGGCACCAUUUGCUCGUCCACACACAAUUUUGAUUCCAAUGGAAGGGAAAGGCAUCUUCUCCUAAUUGCAUUAUAUAAUGAACGCACUUUCCACAAUCUGUCACUGUUGUCCGGUUUUAAAAUGUCUGAGUACUCUUCUACUGAAAUUGUGGAGAUGACUAUGAUUUUGGGAGAAUUUAAUAAUAAUGCUUCUCUUGCAGCACGGCUGUAGGCUGAACGUUUCCACUGAUUGAAGUCCUUAACAGCGCGGUGAAUUUUGCCAAUGGGCUUUGGAGGAGAUUGCAGAUAAUCCAGAUUUCUCUAUCUUUGCCUUCGAUGAUGCUAUAUAUAAACAUGACGGACAACUUAAUAGACACAAUUGACAUUGUUGGUCAAAUAAAAAUCCUCACUGGCAGAGAGAAGAGACAUCGACCAUCAUCAUCAUAGAUCAUGAAAAUCGCUAGAGCCUUAUGGUAUGGUGUGGCAUUAUAAAUGGUUAUUUGAUUGAUCUUUAUUUAUUUGAGGCUAAUGUAGAUUAAUAAAGCUACUUGGUGUUGCUAAGAGAUAAGAGGUCCGCUUAACUGACCAGCAAAUUCACCCAAUAUGACAUGUCUAGAUUUUUCUUGUGGGGUUGUUUUUCAACAAUGACUUACGAGAAUUGACCUCAAGGUUAAGGUAGUUAAGGUUAUUAAAACCUUUGUGCUUGAUCCACCUGCUGAAUUAUUUGUAAAAUGUCGAAUUAAAACAGAACAGUAAUAAACAGUUUUUUGUAAUUUUACUUCCAUUUGAAAAAACAUUAUAAUAGUAAAAUGUCGCGCUCAUUUCGAAUCCGCUAAAAAAGUAGGAAUUCCUAUUUAAAAAAAUUAUCCUGACGUUGAAUUGAGCAUGAAAAACGACCUCAAUCAAAAUUACCUCUAUAGAUACAUGUCCUUCUGCGUUCUGAAUAACUUCUUAAAUAUUCUUCUGUAUCUCGCUUACUUUCAGAGGAAUUUGGGUGCAUAUAUUAAAAUGGCUGACCCUGUAUGUUAAAAACAAAAAUUAAAAACUGUUUUAGCUGCCUGAAUUGCCCAGAAAAAAUAGAAAAUGCGUGGCAUUGUUUGGAAAAAUAUAAAUGUUGAUGAAACAAUUCAUUUAUUAGUUAGGUAUAAGUAAAAAAGGGAGACCCUCAUAUGCUAAAAAGGAUUUCAAAAUUGAAAUGAAAUAAUUUCAAAAUAUGACUAAUAGUUUAUAAGAUUUUAGUUAAAAAAAUGAGCUACGACCAUAUUGUAGAUUGUUUUAAAUUUACUUAAUUAUUUAUUUUAUUGUAAUUUUUUAUGUUUUAAUAUUAUAUGUACGUAUGUAGUUUUUUUUCGUGAUAAUAAGGAGUAUUGUAAAUUAUAUAAUAUUUUAGAAACUUUUAAUGUGAUAUAUUGGUUAACGUAUGUUUAAUUUGUAUACAUAAAAUAAGUAAUAUUGUUUAUCUUAUUAUCU